CUGUAUCACGAACACUCUUCUACAAGAACCACAACUUCUUGAUUCUUUCCUCGUUCAGUCAGUUUAACAGACGUAUACUAUCCAAAACUCAAAUACAAAGAUUAUUUUCGGUUCACUCGAGAACAUACAAACCGCAACAAUGGCCCAAGAACGCCGUAUCUCCGUCCUCGACAAAUCCUUCGAAUCUCGCCUCCCCCCCUCCUCCAAAAUGCUCUUCGACGCCAAAGCCGGGCAGUCCCUCUCCUUCGAAGCCAUCGCGAAGCAACUCGGCCGCAGCGAAGUCGCCGUCGCAGCCCUCUUCUACGGGCAAGCCGCCGCCUCCCAAGAGGACGUCGAGAAGCUGUCCAAUCUCCUUGGCAUUCCGUUGCCGGCGCUGGAGACUCAGUUGCUGGGCUUUCCCGAUAGGGGACGCGCGGGGCCGAUGCCGCCGGUGGAGCCGCUGAUUUAUAGGUUGUAUGAGAUUGUGCAGAAUUAUGGGUAUGCGUAUAAGGCGGUGCUGAAUGAGAAGUUUGGGGAUGGGAUUAUGAGCGCGAUUGCGUUUGAGACGAAGGUGGAUAAGGAGGUUGAUGAGAGUGGGAAUGCGUGGGCGAUUAUUACGUUGAAGGGGAAGUGGCUUCCCUUCUCCAGGUUUUAAUUUGGUGGAGGGUGAUGUUGGUGAUCAGAAGACUACGCGUUCAUAUGUAUCAUGUUUUUCUCACGAGCACAGUUGCAGUAAUAAUAAACACUUCCAA